AUGUCUAGGUUUCUCAAGACUUUGAAGGAUUCUCCCAAACGGUUUGGGCUCAGCAGGCCGAUUGGUGAGGAGUUUCCUUCUGUGGAAGAACUCUGUCAGACUACGAGACUGACUGAGUUUCUAAAGACAGCCAAUGUGUUCAGCGGUCACGAUGAGGUGGAGCACCGGGAAAAGAUUGUGGGAAAUCUUUCGUCCCUUUUCAAGCAAUGGCUGCAAGAGAUGUGCACUGAAAUGAACGUGCCUCAGUUGGUCAGAGAGCAGGUGGGCGGCAAGGUGCUUUCGUAUGGAUCUUUUGCAAUGGGUCAAAACAUGAAGGACGCAGACAUCGACCUGCUGUGCGUGGGACCACGGUUCAUUCCUCGGGAAUCCUUUUUCUCCUCCUUUGUGGAGAAACUAAGAGGACAACAGCAUGUUCAAGUCAAACAUGUUCUUGAGAAUGCAUUUGUGCCCGUCAUCAAACUGAUUGUUGAUUCAGUAGAGGUCGACAUGGUCUACGUAAAAAUCAACGGGAGGCGAGUGUCCGACAGCCUGGACUUGAUGGACAGCACUAUUCUACAGGAGAUGGACGUGAUCUCUGUCCGCAGUCUCCAGGGUUACCGGGGCACACAGGAGAUCAUGAGCCUGGUGCCCAAUGCCUACACUUUUAGAUUGGCACUGGCUGCUAUCAAGCAGUGGGCCAAAAGAAGAAACAUCUACUCCAACAUGUUGGGCUUCUUGUGUGGAGUGUCAUGUGGCAUCAUGCUGGCCAGGAUCUGCCAGAUGUGCCCGUAUGCCACGGCUGCAGUGACGGUGGCAACAUUUUUCAGGGUCUACUCCAGCUGGAACUGGGCCUCUCCUGUCAUGCUGAGAGUCCCAGAGGAGCAAAACUGCAACUUGCCCUCAUGGCAUCCAAGUAUGACUAGGCAGGAGCAAAUGGCCAUCAUCACGCCUUCAUAUCCGCAGCAGAACUCGUCCUACAAUGUCAAUCCGUCCACGUUAAAAAUCAUGAAGGAGGAGAUUCGGCGAGGUCACGCAAUAAUGGAGCAUGGUCUUCAAAACGGGUCGCUUUGGAAGCAGUUGUUCGAGCCGUCUGACUUCUUCAAAGAAUACAGGUACGUCUCUAAAAACCUGGAGCCAGUUUCUACUGUGGAUGAAUGUUUCUUUCUGCUUCGUCUUCCGUGA